UAGAGGUGGGCAGAGGUGUAACUGAGUGGACAGACAGAGGCAGAGGGAGACUCGGAGCCAGCUGGGCUUUUGCCAUAUCUUAUUUUUAUUUAGGGAUUGUUUCACAGAGGGGGGGGAAGGCUGAAGUACUACAGCAGCAGUUUUCCGUGCGUAAACGGGAUAGGUUGUUCUCCAAAUUCUUAGGAGUUGUGCUACACUUUCAGACUGAGCAGUUUAUUUGGAGGUAGUGUCCUGGGUGGAGUUUUCUUUGCCUCCGCAAGAGUCCCUGCGGUGCACGGAUUACAAUGCAAAGGAUUUUGGAGGUUUGGGUCACCUUGGUGACCGUUUCUGCGCUAACCAAGGGGGUCUUUGGAGGAUACGGGCUGAGCAUGUUUGCUGCACAGUCCUCUCCUCCAGACCCGUGCUACGACGAGAACGGGAACCCUCGGAGAUGCAUCCCCGACUUCGUUAACUCCGCGUUUGGUAAGGACGUGCGCGUAUCCAGCACCUGCGGCAACCCCACCGCCAGGUACUGCGUGGUGACCGAGAAGGGAGAGGAGAGGACGAGGGACUGUCACACGUGCGACGCCGGGGACCCCAAGAAGUCUCACCCUCCUGCGUAUUUAACAGACCUCAACAACCCUCACAACCUCACCUGCUGGCAGUCUGAAAACUACGUGCAGUACCCGCAGAACGUCACGCUCACCUUGUCGCUCGGGAAAAAGUUUGAGGUCACCUAUGUGAGCCUGCAGUUCUGCUCACCCAGACCUGAGUCGAUGGCAAUCUACAAGUCCAUGGACUAUGGCAAGUCGUGGGUGCCGUUUCAGUAUUAUUCCACCCAGUGCAAGAAAAUGUACAACAGGCAGAAUAAGGCAGCAAUCACCAAGCAGAAUGAGCAAGAGGCCAUCUGCACGGACUCCCACACGGACAUGCACCCUCUGACAGGUGGACUCAUCGCCUUCAGCACCCUGGACGGCAGACCGUCGGCGCACGACUUCGACAACUCCCCGGUGCUGCAGGACUGGGUGACUGCCACCGACAUCAAGGUGAUCUUCAGUCGGCUUCACACUUUCGGGGACGAGAACGAGGACGACUCGGAACUGGCCCGCGACUCCUACUUUUACGCCGUGUCGGACCUGCAGGUCGGGGGACGGUGCAAGUGCAACGGGCACGCUUCAAAAUGCGUCAAGGACAGAGAGGGGAAUCUGGUUUGUGAGUGCAAACACAACACGGCGGGACCGGAGUGCGACAGGUGCAAACCUUUCCACUAUGACCGACCUUGGCAGCGCGCCACGGCCAGAGAGGCCAACGAGUGUGUCGCCUGUCACUGCAACCUGCACGCCCGACGCUGUCGUUUCAACAUGGAGCUGUACAAACUGUCAGGCCGGCGAAGUGGCGGCGUCUGUCUUAACUGUCGUCACAACACAGCGGGACGCCACUGCCACUACUGCAAAGAGGGUUAUUACCGGGACAUGACCAAGUCCAUCUCUCACCGGAGAGCUUGCAAAGCAUGUGAUUGCCAUCCAGUUGGAGCAGCAGGGAAGACGUGUAACCAGACGACAGGCCAAUGUCCCUGCAAGGACGGAGUGACAGGAAUCACCUGUAACCGCUGUGCCAAGGGCUACCAGCAGAGCCGCUCUCCCAUCGCCCCCUGCAUCAAAAUCCCGGUUGCAUCUCCGACAGCAACUUACAGCAGCUAUGAGGAGCCGUCAGAUUGUGAAUCUCACUGUAAAGCUUCCAAGGGAAAGAUGAAGAUCACCAUGAAGAAGUACUGUAAAAAAGACUACGCUGUCCAAGUGCACGUUCUAAAAGGAGACAAGGCAGGCGAGUGGUGGAAGUUCACAGUGAACAUCAUUUCUGUCUACAAGCAAGGUGAGCACCGCAUCCGCCGCGGGGACCAGCUGCUGUGGGUGCGCGCCAAGGACGUGGCCUGCAAAUGCCCAAAGAUCAAGCCUGGGAGGAAGUACCUGCUCCUGGGUACAGAUGACGAUUCCCCCGGGCAGAGCGGCGUGGUGGCGGACAAAGGAAGUCUGCUCAUUCCUUGGAAGGACCUGUGGGGCCGCCGGCUGAGGAAGUUCCAACAGCGUGACAAAAGGGGAAAAUGCUAAAAGUUGCUGGAGAUGAGAGAAAGAGAGAGAGAGAGAGAGAGAGAUUAAGGGAGAGGUGGAGGCAAAAUAACGUCUCCACCGGGACGAAUGCAAGGAAGAGGAGAGGAUGAAUGAAAAAAAAAAAAAACUGGAAGAGUAUAAGAUAGAAAGACACAGGUGAAAAGUAGGAGAGAUGGGGGAAUGACUGAGUGCUGCUGCUCUGUGUUGGAGCGAAGAGUUUAGUGUUUUUAGGAACUUUUGUGAAGGAGCUCAUUCUACAGUUGUUUCGUCUCUGUUUGUCUUUCAAGGUUGAUUUUGUUGUGUAAUUGCAGAGUUUGCACCUAAUGUAACAGAUACGUCACACCCUGACUAUUUUGCCCAUGAUCUCGUUGUUUCGUUACAGUCCCGUGUUCAGUCGUUUUAAAGAGCAAUGCAUCUACUGUAUCACCCUUUUGUAUUUUAAGAGGAUCUAUUUCCACUGUUCUGUGUAAAGCAUUAUCUAGUUCAAUGAAGAGACACUGCAUGGCGUUGAGGGACUCUACUUAUGUAUGACACGUUGCUCAUGUAACCUGCCAAACUUUGGAUAAACUUUUUCAAAAGCUGAAAGUGAAAAAUUGUGAAAUGAUUCAUAAGUGUGGUGCCAUUUUGCCCGAGAGCUGAUAUGUGUGUUACCUCAGUGAAACAACUUGUGUUGUGGGAACAAAAUGCCAUAACAAUCCUCUGCUCGUUCUGUAUAAUGAUCAUAUGUCACAUUACAAACAAGUAUUUUGCUCAGCGCUUAUUGAUAUAUCAACAGUAUGGUGUGGUUGUGACCUCUGCAAUGUAAAGUAACCAUACGUGCAUACAUAGACAUUAUUUUUAGUAGAUGAUGCCAUAGCAUCAACUAGAUGUAGAGUAGACAUGUCAACCAUGCACUUAUUUUUACUAGUCAAAAGUUUUAGAACAUAUGAGAUAUGUUCACAAUUUUAGAGUGGCAUCCAAAAAGAAAAAAAAAAUUCCCCUACUGUAUCAUAUGAUGCAAAAAAGCUGUGUAAUUCAAAUCCUGCCUCCCUCACUGAUGACUGUUCUGUAUGGGCUGAUGUCUCUUAUUGACCAUGUUGUCACAACUACAGAUAACUCAGAAUUUAGUCUUUAUUUUCUAAUAAAUGAAUAAAUGUAAGUUGGAUGUCCCAAACAUUUGGAAGUGAGAGAACUGAUAAACUGAACCUUCUCACUUCAUAAAAAAA